AUGACAAGUCUUCUCUCCCACAACCCUCACACCAAUUCCAUUGGAUACUCCUUUGCCCAACCCACGAAUGCUGGCAACACAGAGCACUCGUAUACCGAUAACGGAGGCUCGGUCCUAGGGAUCACGGGCAAGGAUUUCGCCGUUCUCGCUGGCGACACUCGUUCGACAUCCGGAUACAACAUCAACUCUCGCUACGUUCCAAAGGUUUUCAAGAUUGGCGGGGAGGAUGAAACCGGAAAGGACGCUCACAUUCUCCUGUCAGUGGUAGGCUUUGCUGCGGAUGGCCUAGCCCUCAAGGAAAGGCUGGAUGCAGUGGUGAAGAUGUACAAGUACCAACAUGGGAAACCUAUGGGUGUCAGGGCAUGCGCUCAGCGACUAUCAACUAUCCUCUACCAGAAGCGGUUCUUCCCAUAUUACGUGCAGGCUAUCCUGGCUGGUCUUGAUGAAGAAGGCAAAGGUGCGCUGUACGGUUAUGACCCGGUAGGCUCCUACGAGAGGGAACAGUGCAGGUCGGCCGGAGCGGCAUCUAGCUUGAUCAUGCCAUUCCUGGACAACCAAGUCAACCUCAAGAACCAGUACAUCCCCGGGAGUGGAGAGGGACACGCUCUCGCAGCUAGGAAGCCUGAGCCAAUGUCCAGGGAAACAGUGGAGCAACUUGUACGAGAUGCAUUUACCAGCGCGGUGGAGAGGCACAUUGAAGUUGGAGAUGGCCUACAGAUGUUGGUCAUUACUGCAAAUGGGAUAGAGGAGAUCUAUCACCCCUUGAAAAAGGAUUAA